GGUCCACUGCCGGGUGGUGGGGCCAGGCGAGUGUCCUUAUCCUAGCGUCUGGGGCUCCGGCCUGUAAGCCAGUUGGAGUAGCGUCAGCGAGAACAGUUGGGCCAAACGGGGGAGACAUGUUGCUCUUCGUGGAGCAGGUAACAUCUAAAGGAACUGGUUUAAACCCUAAUGCCAAAGUGUGGCAAGAAAUUCCUCCUGGAAAUACUGAUGCCACGCCAGUAACUCAUGGAACUGAAAGCUCUUGGCAUGAAACAGCAGCCACAUCAGGGUCUCAUCCUGAGGGUAAUACAGAGCUGUCAGAUGAUAUGUGUAAGGAAUAUGAAGUAAUGUAUUCAUCUUGUGAAACCACAAGAAAUUCUGUAGGCAUUGAAGAAUCAACUGAUGGAAUUAUUUUAGGGCCAGAAGAUCUGAGUUACCAAAUAUAUGACGUUUCCGGAGAAAGCAAUUCAGCAAUUCCUACAGAAGACCUAAAAGAAUGUCUGAAAAAACAAUUAGAAUUCUGUUUCUCACGAGAAAAUUUGUCAAAGGAUCUUUACCUAAUAUCUCAAAUGGACAGUGAUCAGUUCAUCCCAAUUUGGACAGUUGCCAACAUGGAAGAAAUAAAAAAGCUAACCACAGACCCUGAUCUAAUUCUUGAAGUAUUGAGAUCUUCUCCUAUGGUACAAGUUGAUGAGAAGGGUGAGAAAGUGAGACCAAGUCAUAAACGUUGUAUUGUGAUUCUUAGAGAGAUUCCUGAAACAACACCAAUAGAGGAAGUGAAAGCUUUGUUCAAAAAUGAAAACUGCCCCAAGGUGAUAAGCUGUGAGUUUGCACACAAUAGCAACUGGUAUAUCACUUUCCAGUCAGACACAGAUGCACAACAGGCUUUUAAAUACUUGAGAGAAGAAGUUAAAACAUUUCAGGGCAAGCCAAUCAUGGCAAGGAUAAAAGCCAUCAAUACAUUUUUUGCUAAGAAUGGUUAUCGAUUAAUGGAUUCUAGUAUGUAUAGUCAGCCCAUUCAAACUCAAGCACAGUAUGCCUCACCAGUCUUUAUGCAGCCUGUAUAUAGUCCUCACCAACAGUACUCCGUCUAUAGUAUUGUGCCUCAGUCUUGGUCUCCAAAUCCUGCACCUUAUUUUGAAACGCCACUGGCUCCCUUUCCCAAUAGUAGUUUUGUAAAUGGCUUUAAUACACCAGGAGCUUAUAAAACCAAUGCUACUGCUGUGAAUAUGGGCCGACAGUUCCAAAAAAAUCGUGUGAAGCCUCAUUUUAGGUCAUCAAGUGGUUCAGAACACUCAGAGGGCUCUGUGUCAUUGGGGGAUGGACCAGUAAAUAGAUCUGGUUCAAGGAACUUUCCAACUGAACGGUAUAACCCUACAGUAAUGGGACAUCAGGAGCAAAACUACCUUCCAAAAGAGACUCCAACUUUGCAGAUUGAACAGAAUGGGGACUAUGGUAGGGGCAGGAGAACUGUUUUCAGAGGUAGAAGACGACGAGAGGAUGACAGAAUCCCAAGACCCCAUCCUUCAACACCUGAAGCUAAGGCUCCAACACCAAAGUUUGACUUAUUAGCCUCAAAUUUUCCUCCUUUACCUGGAACUUCAUCAAAAACGCCAGGUGAACUUGUUUUGGAGAGUAGGAUGUCAGAUGUUGUUAAAGGUGUCUACAAAGAAAAGGAUAAUGAAGAGCUGAGACAAGUUAGUUGCCCAGUGCCAGCAGAGGAUGAACAGACAGACUGCACCUCUGCCCAGCAACUCAGUACUAGUACCAGUCCUUCAUGUACAGCUGAGCCUCCUGCAUUAAGCACAACUCAGCAAGAAAAGGAUCUAAUAGAGGAUUCCACUGUUCAGAAGGAUGUUCUUAGCACAACAACUAUAUCAGUUUCUUCCCCAAGUCCUGCAAAGCCAUCAAGGACAAAUACUGCUUCCCCGUGUAAUGGUAACAUAAAUGCAGCUGUAACUGUGGCCCUACAGGAACCACGAAAGCUAAGUUAUGCCGAAGUGUGCCAGAAACCCCCUAAAGAGCCAUCUCCAGUUCCUGUGCAGCCACUACGAGAACUUCGGUCCAAUGUAGUGUCUCCCACCAAAAAUGAAGAGAAUGGAGCUCCUGAGAAGUGCAUUGAGAAGCCACAUGAGAAGCCAGAAGCAAGGGCUAGUAAGGAUUAUUCUGGCUUCCGAGGCAAUACCAUUCCCAGGGGAGCAACUGGGAAAAUCAGGGAACAGAGACGCCAGUUUGGCCACAGGGCUAUACCUCAGGGAGUGACUCGACGUAAUGGCAAAGAGCAAUAUGUGCCACCCAGAUCACCAAAGUAAAACAAAACUUCAAAAACUUCUCUCUUCCCAUUAAACUUGAGCCGUGGCUAUAUUGAACUGUUUUGGAGGGGAGAGGGUAACCAGAAAGGAAAACAGGAGGAAAGUAUAUUCUUAAAUCAUUAUGGAUUUUGGAGUUGUGAGUGGUAGAAUCCCAAAAUUCAUCUCUAAAGUGAUUUUAAAAUGCUGGAGGAUUUCAAUCAAUAUAAAUAUAUAUAUAUAUGUAUACAUAUAUAAAAAUAUAAUUUUUCUAUUUUUGUUUUUGAUUUUAAUUUGCAGAGAUCUUCCUGGAAUCAAUUUUGAGGGUUCAGAUUUAUUUGGGGGAAAAAAUACUACACAUCCUUCAGCAUAGGAGAUGAGGGAGUGAGAGAAAAUAUUUUUUUGAAGAAGCAUUUCUGUAAAAUUAGAAAUUACUUUUUUUAAUCUAUUUAAAGUUUGGCUUGGAGGAUGCCAUCUCAGCCUAUAUGGCCUUGUGUUGCAAAGCAGAUCAGUGGCUGGGUUGCCUGUUGUGUUGUGUGUGUGCAAGAAUGACUGGAGACAAAAGUGUUAGUAAAUGAUUUGAAAACUGAAUGUAA